UCGUAAAUUUUUUUAUGGGAAGUUGUUGGUCGAAAAAGAACGCAGAAGGUAGCCUAUCUGGGAAUAGUCAUGUACACAGGAGUCUGAGAAAAUCUGAUUUUGGACAAUAUGAGCCGAAAGUUUUGAUUUUGGGCGCCGGUGUAGCGGGUCUUGCCUGUGCUGUAGAGCUGAAGAAUAACGGCUUAAAUAAUGUCCGUAUUGUAGAGAUGUCUGAUCGAAUUGGCGGACGUGUCAAGACCAUGAAAUUUGCUGACAAUUACAUUGAUCUGGGUGCCCAGUGGGUCUAUGGAGAGAGUGAAAAUUUGGUCUGGCAGAUGGCAGAUGCGGAUGAGCUGGGAAAAUCAGAUGGUACGAUUACGAACAUGAAUUGGAUACGUUCGAAUGGGAAAAAAAUUUCGCAGGGGGUUGUCGACCAAAUGCUGAAAUUGAUAACUACCAUCUAUGAUAAUAUGGAGGACAGCGCGAUUGAUCCCACAAUCACCUUUGGCGACUAUUUGUCAAAGAUGUUUGACAGAGAGGUGGAAAAGCAAAAUAUCCGCAUUGAUAAGAAGUUAGCCAAAGAGUUUAUUGUUACUGUCAAGAAAAUGGAAGGCAAUAUGGCGGAUACGGAUAUGUCGGCCUAUAACUAUUGGAGCUUCAAGCCAUGCGAUGGCAGUGGCCUUUUGAAUUGGCGCGAGAAGGGCUUCAAGCAGUUUUUGCGUCACCUCGUCGAUGGCGACGACCUAAAUGAGCAUGGAGUGCUUAAGGACUGCAUCGACUUAAACCAAAGGGUUCGUGAAGUCGAGUGGGAUCGUCCAGAUGGCACUGUGCUGGUGAGCUGUGAAAAAGAGAAAUAUUCCGCGGAUCAUGUAGUCAUUACUGUCUCGCUAGGCGUGCUCAAGCAUAGCUCAACGCUCUUUCGGCCCACUUUACCAGACGCUCAUUGCAAAGCGAUCAAUAGCAUGGGAUUUGGCAAUGUCUGCAAGAUUUUUGUGGAGUUUCAGGAGAAAUUCUGGCCAGAAGACUGGCGCGGCUUCAAUGCCCUAUGGAGAGAACAGGACAUGCCAGCUCAGCCCUGGCUGAAGGACAUCUACGGUUUCCAUGUGUAUGACCAUCAGCCACGCGUUCUGCUCGGCUGGGCAUGUGGAUUCCAUGUGGAGGGUAUCGAGACCAUGAAGCACUCUGCUCUAGUGGAAGGCGUUGUGUACAUGUUAAAGCACUUCCUGCCCCACUUUAAGGUCAGGCGUCCGAACAAUUUGGUGAUCAGCAAAUGGGGCGCUGAUCCGGCGCACUACGGCUCCUACUCCUAUCCAUCCGUAUUAGCCACUGAGAAUGAUACGGGACCCGAGAAACUCGCACAGCCGAUCCAUGUCCAAGUCGCUGUAUCACGUCAGCCGUCUGACAUGAGUAUUUCCUCAACAUCUCUAGGCCGGCCAAUAUCAGCGCGACCAGUAUUAUUUUUUGCGGGCGAGGCAACCAGCUCCGAUCAUUAUUCAACAGUUCACGGUGCUGUAGAGUCGGGAAUACGCGAAGCUGAGCGUAUUAUUUCCUUCUACAGGAGCUCAAUUUAUUCUGCUUAUUCAAAUAAUAAACUAAGGUUAUAACGGGCUACUACCAAAGGGGCUUACUAUACUACCGAAAUUUCAGAAAGAGUUGUUAAAUUUUGAGUACAAUAU